AUGGCGCGCGCGGCAGACCCCACACAAAUGAUCAUCUUCCCCAUCGCGGAGGAGGUCGAGAUCGACACACCUUCAACUCCAGCUGGGGAAGUGUGGUCGAAGGUACUCAACGUGUUCGAGAAUUGGGCUGGAUUCCGCCGCAUGUACUGGGGGAGACACGUGGAAGAGCCUGGACAGGUGCAUCUACAUAUCGUCCGCGAUUCGCUCCAUCAGCAUUAUGCCCUGCUGGCCUCACCCGAAUGGCAGCAACUCACUCACAGUCUGACGGCGCUAGGCGUCUCAAGUGCCACGUUGUUGACCGUGCGGCAUGCGAUGAUGUCCGAGUUCACACCUCAGCCCAAGGCUCUGGGCAACGGUGCGCCUGUCACGGGCACGGCCAUCUAUCUCACCCCUGACCCGGCCGGGUGGGAAGCGACAUGGGCGCUAUGGACGACGAUCGUACCGAAGGUACCUGGAUGUCUCGGGGUCACCGGCGGAUGGAUGGUGGAGCCGAUGGAGGAGCAGUUGUGUUAUGUGGUGUAUGUGGGAUGGGAGAGCGUGGAGGUGCAUGACGCGUAUCACCACACGAACCAUUUCCGUCAGCGAGUGGUGAUUCUGCGUGAGCAUAAUCAAGGGUAUCGUGAGUAUGGGCACGUUGCAUUUAAGCAUUCGCGCAUUGGGCGCCCGGCGAAUUUGUAG